CGAGUCUGUUUACCGUCAGCCGCGAAAUGCGAACGUCCUAUUUUCUGUCCAUAUCAUAAGGUAUUCUUUACUGCAUUAAAAAGACCAUUACACACUUAUUACUACGCUAUUUCCAUAACAUUUAAGGCAGUAUGAACACUGAGCAGUCUGCUGAAUCCAACUGCAGUCCAAAUAGGUGUUCAGUUUCAACACCGGAAGGGAAUGACUUGAAGAGCGGAGAACUGAAAAGAACUCCAUUCUCAAAGUUUAAGAGAGUAAACUCCAACUUCAAAUCACCUCUUCAAGUCCCUGAGAGUGCUAAAGUUAGCCCUGCAGAGGAGGUGGCAGAGCUGGAGAGGAGGAGAGAGCAGCUGGACACAGAGAUAGCACAGCUGGAGGCUGAGGGAUGCAGAGUAGAAGAGCUGGAGCAUCAUAUUGAUAUGCUGCAUGAAUACAAUGACAUCAAAGACAUUGGACAGUCUCUCCUUGGCCGAAUAGCUGCUGUGAGGGGGACCACCACGCGAGAACUCUACAGCCAAUUUGAUCUUGAACUGGACGACUGAAGACAAAAAGUUCAAAUGAAGGUGGUGAGAAUGAUUCCUAGGAAUAAGAGAGGAACUCAAGACAAAAAGGCCAAUUGUAAAUAAGAUGAUGGAUUGGACUAAAGAUGUGUCUGUGUUGAACUCAAGCGGCUCCUUCAGACAGACAUUUUGACAGAGAGAUCUCAGUAGGAAUGGACAUGAUAGGAGGAUAAUGACGCUGGGUCUGCAGGCAGUAAAAGGCCAUUUACUCACAGCAAUAACUUAAGGCUUUCAUUUGUUUUGACAUAAUGUGUUUAUGUAAAUACUGUAUUAUAGUUAGUAUUAAGGUAUGCAUGUUGGCUGCCUGAAUGUUAAUUACUUUUCUGACUGGUUUGUUUUUAAAGGAAGGAAAGGAAUGCUAGAGUAGUUACUUAGAGUAUAACAAAUAUUCACUAACUCCUAGUAUAAAAUGCUUUGUACAAUAACUUGUAAUAAAAAGGGCACACAGACAGCGUGUUCCCAUAUGCACUAUUAAAGUUCAGGAGGUACAGAUGCAUCAUUGUUAUAGCACCCUUUUGAACAAACAGCUAUGAACUUUGUCAGAAGGCGUCACAAUACACUGACAAUAUUUGAUAUUUAUCCGUCCAACUAUUUAAGUAAAUGCAUUUAAGUGUGUGUUUAUUUUAAUAGACUUUUAUAACAGGCCUGUCUGCUGAAUUAAACCCCAAAUAUGACACACACAUUUGCUAACAUCUGACCCAGAUUCUUAAAAAAAGUCUAGUAAGGGAAAGAGGGUAUUAGGUAAUCUACAGUUUCCUGUAUGUCCCCACAUGUUCAACUAAAAAGAAAGGGUUGGGUACCUGCUUCCUGUAUUUCUAAAAAAUCCAAAUGUCUUCUUCUUGACAUAUGUAUAUGUACUGUACACACAAAACGCUGACUAGCUGCAUAAUGUACUGGGCGUACCCUUAUCUGUCUGAGAACCUCUGAUAGUGGGUCUUCUUGAACUGAUAGCGGCAGAUGAGCUUCACAACCCUGAUGAUGUUGUGUGUAAAAUGAUGAGUGAAUGAUAACUUUUACCAUCUCGUAUACUGGGGUCAGUCUUUGGCAUUGUUGCAAAUGCAGACAACAUAUUGCAGGAGUUUAGAAAUGUGUCCCUAUUAAUUUACGCUCUUUAGUUUACACCACCUGGGAAAUGACCUCUGUUAACCUGCAGCACUCUCUUGUAGUAUUAGUCUCUAUAUAAAUCUUCCCUGAAAAAGCAA